GCAAGGUCAGCGUCAGCAGAUCUGACCCUAAAAAUAGGCUUUCUGAUUCCAGUCAGGGUGGCUGGGUGUGCAGUUACCCCACGGACCAGCACCUCCUGACCCAGCCAGGCCCCAGCAUACCAAGACGCUCCUGGCCUCUCUGAGAAUUGGAGAUUUGGGAGCCAUGCAGCGAGGGAUGCACACAAGCUGCCUUCAGGAUUUGGAAAGAUUACAGUCGCAGAAAGAAAAGAAAAUCUCGUGGCUGCAAAAUGACAUCUGGAGAACCGAAGACAAGUCUAAAGAAUGCCUACCCAUCUUCCAAGAAGCUGUCACUGAAAGCGGAAGGGGAGGAGGACUACUGCACCCCCGGAGCCUUUGAGCUGGAGCGGCUCUUCUGGAAGGGCAGUCCCCAGUACACCCAUGUCAAUGAGGUCUGGCCCCAGCUCUACAUUGGUGAUGAGGCGACGGCGCUAGACCGCUACCGGCUGCAGAAGGCGGGCUUCACACACGUGCUGAACGCGGCCCAUGGCCGCUGGAAUGUGGACACUGGGCCAGACUAUUACCGCGACAUGGACAUCGAGUAUCACGGCGUCGAAGCUGACGAUCUGCCCACCUUCGACCUCAGUGUUUUCUUCUACACGGCAGCCGCCUUCAUCAACACAGCGCUGCGCGACGACCACAAUAAGAUCCUGGUCCACUGCGCCAUGGGCCGCAGCCGGUCGGCAACCCUGGUCCUGGCCUACCUGAUGAUCCACAGGAACAUGACCCUGGUGGACGCCAUCCAGCAAGUGGCCAAGAACCGCUGUGUCCUACCCAACCGGGGCUUCCUGAAGCAGCUCCGAGAACUGGACAAGCAGCUGGUGCAGCAGCGGAGACAGGCUCAGCUCCAGGACGGCGAGGAGGACCCCGAGAAGGCACUGUAGGGCCCUCCUCCCCAGCCAGUAAAGACACUUGGGAGUGGAGAGGGAAGGUUGAAAAUAGCUCUGGCCUCUGACUUUGUUUGUCAUGGAGAAAAGACAAUGGAACCAAAGCUUGACUUCUUCUGAACAAUCUUACUAAACUUUCUGGAGGGGGGUGGAGAGUGUUGGGAACUGGGGGAACCCGGAGCUGCCUCCUGGGAGGGCUGAGUCUUCUGCUUCACAGAGAAAUGGGAGACAUGGGCUCCCCAGCAGAAUUGGUUACAGAUGAGCACACAAUUCUGCACAAAGCUUCCUGGAUUUUUUUGUGUGUGUUUGUUUGUUUGGUUGGUAUAAGAUGAAAGCAGAAAAGGAUUUAGAACUGUGUAGGCAUUGUGCUGUGAUUAAACGUUUGGCUUUGUCUGAAAGUCAUAUUCUUUUUUUUUGAGACAGAGCCUCAAGCUGUUGCGCUGGGUAGAGUGCUAUGGCAUCACAGCUCACAGCAACCUCCAACUCCUGG